AUGCGUGUGCCCGAGGAUCAGCUGAUUUCACGAGAGCCUUUGCCCUACAAACCCCUUGAUGAAACCACGCUGACACUGGUGAACGAUGUGGAAAAGUUGAGAUCGCUUAAGGACACGUUGAAUGCUUGCCAAUCUUUCGCUGUUGAUUUGGAGAUUUUAAAGGUAUUUCAUGGAGCCGACAAGGAUAUCGUGUGGUUGCAGCGCGAUUUUGGCAUCUACGUGGUGAACAUGUUUGACUCAACAAGGAAUUCCAGACGACCGAUUGGCGUGUUAGACCACUCUCCAAAGAAA